AACUUCGACUCGGCAGCGGUGCAGGCAUAGCAAAAGGGGAAUAAUAAAUUUUACGUAAAUAAAACAAUACGUAAAAAAUUUAAAUUAUAUUACACCAGAUCGUACAUUUAAGUCGUAACUAUGCGUGAAAUUGUGCACAUUCAGGCUGGCCAGUGUGGCAACCAAAUUGGAGGCAAAUUCUGGGAAGUUAUAUCGGACGAGCACUGCAUCGACGCCACGGGAACAUAUUAUGGCGAUAGUGAUCUGCAGUUGGAGCGCAUCAAUGUCUAUUAUAAUGAAGCCACCGGCGCCAAAUAUGUACCACGUGCUAUUUUGGUCGAUCUGGAGCCGGGCACCAUGGACUCGGUGCGCUCUGGCGCUUUUGGCCAAAUCUUUCGCCCCGAUAACUUUGUUUUUGGCCAGUCUGGUGCUGGCAACAAUUGGGCAAAGGGUCACUACACUGAAGGAGCCGAGCUUGUGGAUUCUGUGCUAGACGUAGUACGCAAGGAAUCGGAAGGCUGUGACUGCUUGCAGGGCUUCCAGCUGACCCACUCGCUGGGUGGUGGCACUGGCUCCGGAAUGGGUACCUUGCUCAUAUCAAAGAUUCGCGAGGAGUACCCGGAUCGUAUUAUGAAUACCUUCUCUGUGGUGCCCUCACCCAAAGUGUCAGAUACUGUGGUCGAGCCGUACAAUGCCACCCUAAGCGUCCAUCAGCUAGUGGAGAACACCGAUGAGACCUACUGCAUUGACAACGAAGCCCUGUACGAUAUUUGCUUCCGCACACUAAAGCUCACAACCCCCACUUAUGGUGAUUUGAACCAUUUGGUAUCCGCCACCAUGUCGGGUGUAACCACUUGUCUGCGCUUCCCUGGCCAGCUGAAUGCAGAUCUGCGCAAGCUGGCUGUCAACAUGGUGCCCUUCCCACGUUUGCACUUCUUUAUGCCAGGAUUUGCACCACUCACCUCGCGUGGCUCGCAGCAAUAUCGCGCUCUGACAGUGCCCGAGCUCACACAGCAGAUGUUCGAUGCUAAGAACAUGAUGGCCGCCUGUGAUCCAAGACACGGACGCUACCUCACUGUUGCAGCCAUCUUCCGUGGUCGCAUGUCCAUGAAGGAGGUCGACGAACAAAUGCUGAAUAUACAAAACAAGAACAGCAGCUUCUUUGUCGAAUGGAUUCCGAACAACUGCAAGACAGCCGUGUGCGAUAUCCCACCUCGUGGUCUAAAGAUGUCGGCCACCUUUAUUGGCAACUCUACGGCUAUACAGGAACUGUUUAAGCGUGUGUCGGAGCAGUUCACGGCCAUGUUCCGUCGCAAGGCUUUCUUGCAUUGGUACACCGGCGAGGGCAUGGACGAAAUGGAGUUUACCGAAGCUGAGAGCAACAUGAAUGACUUGGUGUCUGAGUAUCAGCAAUACCAAGAAGCCACUGCCGAUGAAGAAGGUGAAUUCGACGAGGAUGAAGAGGGCGGUGGCGAUGAAUAAUAAAACCCCCGAGCCUGCCUAACACACUAACUACUGCAUCCACAUACACUAGCGAGACAAGAACCGUAACUUGAACACCUACCCAAUGCCGAAUUGAAGAAACAAAUGACCGACAUUGCCUGUUUUAUGUAAUUAUUUGUUACGUGAUUGUUACAUUAGUUAUGCCCACUCUUUGAUGCUGCUGAAUAGUAUACAUAUCAAAGAAAAUAUAGUUGCUAUACAAAUAUAGUUGCUAUACAAACUCAAAA